GGGCUCAGUGGGCGCGUACUCGCCAAGCAUGGGUCUUCGCGCAGUGCGCGAGCGCGUGGCAGCGUACCUGCGCGCGAGAGACGGCGUGCCCGCCGCGCCUGAAGACGUGUGCGUCGGCGCCGGCGCCUCUGACGUCAUCAAGUCCGUGCUUACCAUGUUUGCGGGGGAAGCCGCGGGGAAGCCGCCUGCGGUGAUGAUCCCCAUCCCGCAGUACCCGCUGUUCUCGGGCACUCUCUCCGAGCUGGGUAUAGCAGCGGCAGAGUACUUCUUGGACGAGGACAAGAACUGGGCGCUCUCCACCCAGGAGUUGGAGCGGAGCUGGCAGCAGGCGUCCCAGGAGUUCGCCGUCCGCGCGCUCGUCGUCAUCAACCCUGGGAAUCCCACGGGACAGGUGCUAAGUCGUGAGAACAUCGAAGAGAUCAUAAAGUUCGCGUACGACCACGACCUCUUCAUCAUGGCCGACGAGGUCUACCAGGAGAACAUCGUCAGCAAGCCAUUCUUCUCUUUCAAGAAGGUGAUGCACGAGAUGGGCGGGCCAUACAGCUCGAUGGAGCUGGCCAGCUUCGUGACGUGCUCCAAGGGCUGGGCGGCGGAGUGCGGGCUCCGCUCAGGGUUUGCUGAGCUGGUGCGGCUGCAGCCAAGAGUCCGGGCCGCUUUUGAGGCCGCGCGCGGCGUCAUGCAGUGCCCUACCGUGUUGGGCCAGUGCGUGCUUCACUGUGUUAUGAAGCCGCCAGUGCCCGGAGACGCUUCCUACCCGCAGUUCGCGCGUGAGCUGGCCGAAGUGCAGCGCACCCUGACCGAACGUACUACUACGGCCUACCGCACUUUCAACACUAUUCCUGGAUAUUCUUGCAACCCUAUUGAUGGCUCCAUGUUCGCGUUCCCACGCAUCGAGCUACCGGCGCGCGCGCAGGCCGCGGCGCAGGAGAGAGGCAUGGCGCCCGACGAGUUCUACUGCUUGCGGCUACUGGAGGAAACCGGGGUGUGCGUGGUGCCGGGCACGGGCUUCGGGCAGGUCCCGGGCACGUUCCACUUCCGGACCACAAUCUUACAUCCAAGGGAAGAGUUCCAGCACAUGAUGGACUCUAUCAGCCGCUUCCACCACAAAUUCCUGCAGGAGUACGCUUAAAAUGGGCUUCAUUUGAGCAACGAAUGUUCCAAUUAAUUGAGUUUGAAAGUUUUAGUGGCAGUCCUCUGGCCUUUCAAGUUUUUGGCAAAUGUUGUGAUCUUUUAUUGGCAUUAGAGUUGUAGAUGAUGGGCGACUCUCCUUUGCUUUACCUACUCUACUUAUUGCUAAAAGUCUUGAUGAUAGGAAAAAAGGUAUAAUAAUCACCAGAUACUCGUAUGUUCAAUUUGAGAAUCUCUUAGAUAGUUUAUGAGCCUUUAUUUUAUGUGUUUGGUAUGUAAUAAAUAA